AUGAACCCGCACCUCCGCCUCCUCCUCCUCCUGGCCGCCGCCGCUCUAUGCCAGGGUGCGCCGCUGGCCGGGGAGCUGCGCUGCCGCUGCGUGAGAACCGUGUCCGAGGUGAUCCCGCCGCGGCGCCUGGCCCGCCUGGAGUUCCUCGCCGAGGGCCCGCACUGCGCCGUGCCCGAGGUCAUAGCCACGACGAAGCAGGGACAGAUGGUCUGCCUGAACCCCGGCGCACCCUGGGUCAAGCUCCUGGUCACCAGGAUCCUCCGCAGUUCACCCAACAAGCUCUGA